AUGUUUAUGCCCAACGGCGCGUAUCGCGGUGUACCAAUGAUUCCAUCGUUUGGUGCUUCUGCAUAUCCAUUAGCACCCUACUUCCCAGCAGCUCCAUUGCACAGGAUUGGUGUUAGUGGACUUCUCCCUGGUCAGAUGAAUGGGGAGGGUCCACCUCAACUUAGAAAACUGUUCAUUGGCGGGUUGAACCACGAAACUACAGAUGAGCAGCUACGACAGUUUUAUUCACAGUGGGGAACGGUUGUGGAUUGCAUUGUUAUUCGAGAUCCAACAACAAAGUACUCAAGAGGAUUCGGUUUUGUAACGUUCGCAACCAUUCAAAUGGCUGAGGCGGCAAUGGCCGAUCGGCCACACACCAUCAACGGCAAAGUUGUUGAUCCUAAAAGGGCUAUUCCUCGUGAGCAGAUGUCUCCUUUAUUACCGAAUCAUCCACCUCCUUUUUUGGAGGGAGAGCCUGAACCUGGCUGCAAGUUGUCGUUAUCAGGAAUUCACUGGGAUUUUCAUACCGUUGACGGUUUGAGGGAGUACUUUGAUAGUUUUGGGGUGGUUGAACAGGUGGAAAUACUCGGGAACCCUCGCGGUCUUGGUUUUGUUGUGUUUGAGGAUAAAGCAGCUGCGGACCGAUGUUUAUCGCAUGGUAGAUUUCAUGAUAUAAACGGGCGUAAAUGUGAAGUAACAGUACGUUUUCCCGCUUUUUAUUCCUGUUUUUUCUUUUGUAUCAAAAGUGGGGAACGAAAUAGUAGUCCAGAAAAGAAAGAGGAGCCAGGUACGGACGCAGUUCACGAAAACGACUUUGUUAAGAACGGUGAAGCUGAGAAAAUUAAAUCUGGCGAUGACGGACCGUCUUGCUCCGAGCCGAUAAAGAAGGUUGAAGGUGAACCACCGUCACAGAAGAAUCAUGCUAACCCUGGGAAAAAUUCGGAAGGUAAAAAGAACGGUUCGGAGUCUAAAAAGAAUGAAAAGAAAGAAGCUACGGUCAAACAGGAGAAAAAGAAAGCGGGUAAAAAGUCAAGUAAAAAUUAA